UUGCACAGGAUUGGGUGAGGAAAAGAGAAAAGCUCAAGAUAAAGAUGUGGGAAAAUACUUGGACAAGCUUUUUGAUUUCCACAAAUGAAAGAGAGAAAAGUGUAUUACCACCACAGGGACAAAGCUAAAAAGUAUCCACAAAAAUAUGCAUGUAUUGCACAAGAUGGUAUGGAUCAGGCAAAACUUCUCCUUCCACGAUUAGUAGUUAUUGCACAUGCAUAUGCUAAUGCAAGAAAACUCCGGACCCAUUUGACUGGUGUGUUAAACCAUGGGAGGCAGCCUAAAGGUUAUUUUGACCUAUUUCAAUAUCCCCAUGAUGCAAAUCUCACCAUUAACAUAUUACUCCUGGAAUUGCAAAGCAUGGGAGAAGACUUGCCUGAUACCUUGUACCUUCAAAUGGACAACUGUUGGAGAGAGAAUAAAAAUCAGUUUGUUCUCAACUUUUUAGCCCUUCUUGUGAAGCUUGACAUUUUUGUUAAGGUAAAACUAAAUUUCUUAAUGGUUGGUCACACUCAUGAAGCUGUUGACCAGAUGUUUAACAAGCUUUCUGAAUUUCUGGUAAAGAGGGACACAAGAACCUUUAAAGAGCUAAUAUGACCUCCUUUGAGAGUUGUUACACCCCAACUCCAAAGGCUGUAGAGGUUGAACAUGUUUUUGCUGUGAAGGAGUGGAUGUCGCCCUUUUCAACUCUGCUCCACAACAUCUCAAAUCCUCAUGCUUUUAAAUUUACAAAAGCACCUUCAGGAAAAGUCGUUAUGCAGUAGAAGAACUGGGGGAUUGAGUGACAUAAAGGAAAACUGGAAACUGGUAGACCCUGAUCCAGAACAGUGGUUAACUAUAGUGAAAGCUGAUGCAGAAAUAAAUGUAGAUGUCCCCCCAGAUUAUGUUGCUCCAGAUACAGAGAAGCUUGAGCUUCAAUGGCUCAGAUCAGACAUUGAAAAAUAUUUCAGAUCAAGAUUGUUUCUGGAACAACAUAAAGAAGAUUGGGCAUCACGUACUACUUGACCCUGAAAAUACCAGAUGGCAUCCACCAGAAAGGACAGUUACUUGGCCACUGAAAGAAAUCAUUGCAAACAAGGAAAGAGUUAAAGAAAGACAAAAACAAUUGGAGGCUGCUGGGAAUAGUGUGGGUUUUUUGGGGCAAAAACCUGAAGGUGUCCCUGAGGAUGUGGAUGAUAUGGUCAGAACUCAAGUUGCUCCUGUGCGAGAGGUGUACAGUGGAGCUUAUAGGAGGCAGAUGGCUGUGGUCACCGAGGUAGAUAACUUUGAAGGAGUUUUGCCAGGUAGCAUUGUUGCGGUUAAUCUUGAGGGAAACUGCAAACCUCCCCAUUUGGCAAAGGUGAAGGAAGUCACUAACUCUUUCUUCACUGUGCAGUGGCUAAAAGGUACUUACAAAGGAAAGUGGGUAUCAUAUGGCCUGGAUCAAAGAAAGUGUAAUCUAUUUUGACAUCGAAUUACACGAGAAUGAGAAACUAAGAAAGGAGUCUGUCCAGUACUUAAGAAGAAGAUACAAAGAGUUAAAAAAAGGUGAAAUGCAUGAUUGAGUAUGCAUGUAUAUCUAGGUUCUUUAAUUGAUCGAGAAGUACAUGGAAAUUACCAUAGAUCUUCCAUCAACAUGGUAAAAUUUAAGAUGUUCAGCUAUUAUCAAUCUAAACAUGUACAUUGAAAUUUCCAUAGACCUUCCAUUAACAUGGUAUAAUGUAAGGUGUUCGGCUUUAAUUGAUCCAUGCAGGCAUGUGCAUGGAAAUUUCCAUAGACCUUCCAUUAACAUGGUAUAUAAUGUGAGAUGUUCAGCUAUAAUAAUAUUGAUCUAGACAUGUGCAUGGAAAUUUCCAUAGACCUUCCAUUAACAUGGUAUAAUGUAAGAUGUUCAGCUAGAAUUGAUCUAGACAUGUGCAUGGAAAUUUCCAUAGACCUUCCAUUAACAUGGUAUAUAAUGUAAGAUGUUCAGCUUUAAUUGAUCUAGACAUGUGCAAGGAAAUUUCCAUAGACCUUCCAUUAAAAUAUYGUAUAAUGUAAGAUGUUCAGCUAUAAAUGAUCUAGACAUGUGCAUGGAAAUUUCCAUAGACUUUCCAUUAACAAGGUAUAAUGUAAGAUGUUCAGCUAUAAUUGAUCUAAACAUGUGCAUGGAAAUUUCUGUAGCUCUUCCAUUAACAUGGUAUAAUGUAAGAUGUUCAGCUAUAAUUGAUCUAAACUUGUGCAUGGAAAUUUCUGUAGACCUUGCAUUAACACAGCAAAAUUUAAGAUGCACAGUUAUAAUUGAUCCUGACAUGUCUACGGAAAUUUCCAUAGAUCUUCCAUUGACGCGGUAAAUUCAGUAACGUUAUAAUCGAUCCUGAAAUGUGCAUGGAAAUAAUUCCAAAGAUGUGCUUAUUAAGUGACCUGGUAUAAUGUAACAUGCAUAUGAUUUUUAAAGUCCCUUUGGAUUAUCAUCUCUAUGGUAAUGUCUGCAUAUACAUUUGUAAAAAAGAUUCUCAGAAAAAUCGCUUUCAGAUAAUGCCAUAUCCUACUUGGUAUAUCUAAAGCACGUAUGUAUAAAUUUCAGUAAUACUGAGUUCUCAAAAGAAAUUCUGUUUUUGUUGUAAAAGUUGUUGUAAUCAAUUCAACUGUGGAGUGGUUUUUAUAGACUAUUAAACUUUUUUCCUUCCAUAUA